CGGCGCCGGGGGAGGUCAGAGUCGGGGCGACCAGACGGCGUGGGGCAGAAGGAGCGCGAAGCCAGCGCGCAGCCCCUCGCCCGCCGCCCCGCGGCCACGGUGACCCGGUGACAGCGGGCGACAGAGCCCGUGGUACUGGCAGCGAGCAAGCAGCGGAAGGGGUCGGCGCGCCCGGUCCCGGUUCCCGCGAGCAGCUCAUCGCGGUGCCCGGGUGAGGAGAAGGUUAAGCUGAAACGGCUGCUCAGCUUCCAAGAUGUUGCCACCCAAACUGCACGCGCUUUUCUGCCUCUGCACCUGCCUCACGCUGGUUCAUCCCUUUUACUGGCAAGACCUAAAUCCUGUUGCCUAUAUUGAAUCAUCAGCGUGGUUCAAAAAACUACAAGCUCUGAUGGCUGCUGCAAUGUUUGGCCAAACUAAAAUCCCCAGAGGAAAUGGAUCUUAUUCCGUCGGUUGUACGGACUUGAUGUUUGAUUACACGAAUAAGGGCACCUUCUUGCGUUUGUAUUAUCCAUCCCAAGAUCAUGGUCACUGUGACACCCUUUGGAUCCCAAACAAAGAAUAUUUUUUUGGUCUUAGUAAAUUUCUUGGAACACACUGGCUUAUGGGCAAAAUUUUGAGCUUAUUCUUUGGUUCAAUGACAACUCCUGCAGCCUGGAAUUCCCCUCUGAGGACUGGGGAGAAAUACCCACUCAUUAUUUUUUCUCAUGGUCUUGGAGCAUUCAGGACAAUUUAUUCUGCUAUUGGUAUUGACCUGGCAUCUCACGGGUUUAUAGUUGCUGCCAUAGAACACAGAGAUGGCUCUGCAUCUGCGACUUACUAUUUCAAGGACCAGUCUGCUGCAGAAAUAGGAAACCAGACUUGGCUUUAUCUUAGAACCCUAAAACGAGGGGAGGAGGAGUUUCCUCUACGAAACGAGCAGGUACUGCAACGAGCAAAGGAGUGUUCUCAAGCUCUCGAUUUGAUUCUGGACAUAGAUCGCGGGAGACCAGAGAAGAAUGUAUUAGAUUUAGAGUUUGACGUGGAACAGAUGAAGGACUCCAUCGACAGGGAUAAAAUAGCGGUUAUUGGACAUUCUUUCGGUGCAGCCACAGUUAUUCAGAGUCUUAGUGAAGACCAGAGAUUCAGGUGCGGUAUCGCUCUGGAUGCAUGGAUGUUUCCAGUGGCUGAUGAAGUAUAUUCCAGAAUUCCUCAGCCCCUCUUUUUUAUCAACUCGGAACGAUUCCAAUACCCUUCUAAUAUUAUAAAAAUGAAAAAAUGCUACUUACCUGAUAGAGAAAGAAAAAUGAUUACAAUCAGGGGUUCAGUCCAUCAGAAUUUUGUUGACUUCACGUUUGCAACUGGCAAAAUAAUUGGCUACAUAUUCACACUGCAAGGAGAAAUAGAUUCAAACGUAGCCAUGAGUCUUAGCAACAAAGCUUCGUUAGCAUUCUUGCAAAAGCAUUUAGGACUUCAGAAAGAUUUUGAUCAGUGGGAUUCUUUAAUUGAAGGGGAAGAUGACAAUCUUAUUCCAGGAACCAACAUUGACACAACCAACCACCAUGCCACCCUGCAGAACUCUACAGGAAUAGAGAAGCCAAAUUCAGAUUAAAAGAGCUUUUUAAAAAGUCUUGUUUAAAAACUGUCUAAAAGUGUGUGUGUGUAUGAUUUUAAUGUAUUUUCUCAAAUAACUCACAUUUGAAAAUGUAGGCUGUACCACAAUAGUGAUUGAAGCUUGGAUUAAGAUUUUUUUCCUUUAAAUGUAAAGAAAGACUGCUACAUAUAAAAAUCAUACCAGCCUAAAUUUUAGUUUUACUAAAGUGUUCCUUUCUCGGUGUCACAAUAAAAAACUGAUUUUACAUUUCUUUAAUGGACAAGUAUAUUAAAACAGGCAUCAUGCCAUUGAAAAUGUGUUACAAUGACCUAACACUCCCUAAAAACAUAAUAAAAACAGAUUUUCUUGCCUCUUUUUUUUCUACUAUAA